AUUAUGAAAUGACUAGAAAACAGUAAAAUACCUUGUAAAUUAAAUAUCUUUUAAAUGGGGAAAAGGAAAGGCAUUAUAAUCUUAAAACCAUAUGAUCCAACCUAGGACAUCAAAUCUUACCCAGACAAAGCUUUUGGCUGGAACAUUUGCCACUGGCCCAAACAAAACCAAACUGACAGCUUACUUCAACUUUUUGAAGUUAAAAGCAAAAAUAGAAGAAGAGUAAGAGAAAGAGAAAGAUUUGGUGUUCAGAAUCAGCAUUUAUUUAUAUCGUCUAAUCUCUUCAUUAGUUGGGGAUCAGGUACCAUUACAGCGCAGUAGUCUCAGUCUCUCUUCUUCCAAAAUAUCUCUUAUUUGUAAAAAUACAAAAUUUUUCAUCAAUAAUACAACCCCAUUUCCUUUCCAAUUAUUGUAUCUCCACCCCCUUUUUUUUGCUGUUAAUUUUCUUGGCCAUAAUCCCAAUUCCCCAACACAGCUCUCUCUUCCUCUUCUUCUAUUGAAAUACCCCCCCUCACCCAAUUUUCUUCUUCCUCUGUUUGGCUAAAGGGGAAAUCAUUGUGGGACUUGUUCUUACCGGGGGAUUGAUUCUGGUGAGGCUGAAAGUUUUCUGUUCUUUUGAUGUUUUCCCCUGAUUCUUCUCAGGUGGUCUGCUAUGGGAAACCAAGCUUUUUGCAGCCAUGGAUACUAUUCUUUGGCCUGUCCUUGUGUUUUUGGGUUUUUUGUGACCAGUAAGACGCUUUGAAAGGUUUUGUUGGAAUCCUAAAAUCUGUUUCAUUCAACUCUCAAAGGGUCAUCAUUCAUCGUCCUUUCUAAUUGAAGGCAGAUCAGGAAGAAUCGAAACAAAGCUUCCCUUUACAAUUGGGGUCAAGGUCCAGAGAACAGAGAAGACUAGGGUUUGAUUGCUAAAUGAGUGAGAUGAAUUUUCUACUUUCAGUUACUUUCGUGGUUCGAUUUGCUCAUCAGAGAGUUAUAGUUAUGGGGUUAUGAAUCGUCAAACUUCUCUGCGGAAUUUCAUCAAACAGGUUUAAGAUCUAGUGUGUGCAGCGGAAGCAGAAAUUACCUUUGGGGAAUCAAUCGCGUGUUUCGUUUUGAGGUAGUGAGCAGCUCCUAUGGCGAUGGCGUCCGAUCACCACCGUCACCGUCCCCACCGCUUCCUCCUCGACGGCGACGCGACGGCGCCGCCGUCGAAUGGAAACAGAACGCGAAGUUCGUACAGCAACGAAGCGAAUUUCGACACGAAUAUGGUGAUAAUCCUCGCGGCGUUACUCUGCGCGCUGAUUUGCGCUCUCGGACUGAAUUCGAUCGUCCGCUGCGCCCUCCGCUGCAGCCGGCGGUUCGCCUUCGAGACGGCCGGCGGCACAUCCACGCGCCUCGCCGCCACGGGGCUGAAGAAAAGCGCAUUACGCCAAAUUCCGGUGGCCGUGUACGGGUCGGAGUCUGGUCUAGAGAUCCGAGAAACGGACUGCCCUAUUUGCUUGGGAGAUUUCAUCGCCGGCGAGAAAAUCAAAGUUCUGCCCAAAUGUAACCACGAGUUUCACGUACGAUGUAUCGACACGUGGUUGGCUUCCCACUCGUCUUGUCCGACAUGUCGUCAGUCGCUGCUCGAACAACAGUCGUGUUCUGAAUCGGCGGUAGCUGAAGCCGGAAACCGACCCGCCGGAAAUUCGUCGGCCGGCGGCCAAGGAAUAUGAAAAAUGGCAUCAUGGGGCCCACACAACAAAAAUGGAAGCCAAUCAAUCAUGGAGUUUACUGAUGAAGAAGGGGAAUUUCCAACCACACCCUUCUCGACCUCUCUUAGCCAAAGGAGAAAGGCAAAAUGCUCAAGCAACAUUAAAAUGGACCAUCUUGCCAUGCAUGCUUUGGAUUUUUGUAAAUUUUUAAUGUUCUUUGUUUAAAAGAUACCCAAGUCUCUAAAAAUAGUAAAAAAAAAAAUAUUAAAUUUUAA